AUGCCUCCGGCCGGGGGUCCCCGAGCGCCGCGCCCCGCCGCGCUGCCCCGCAGCCUGUCCCGCCUGCGCCAGUGCCCGGGCCGCUCCCGCAUAGUGUUGGCGCUCGGGGCCACGCAGAUGGCGCUCGGCUGCCUCAUCGUGGCCGUCAGCUUCGCCGCGCUGGCGCUCACCACCUCGGCCCGCGUCCGCCACUCCUGCCCCUUCUGGGCCGGCUUCUCGGUGCUGCUGUCAGGACUCAUCGGCGUCGUCUCCUGGAAGAGACCCCUCUCCCUCGUGAUAACCUUUUUCAUGCUGCUCUCCGCAGUGUGCGUGAUGCUGAAUUUGGCUGGCUCCAUCCUGUCCUGUCAGAACGCUCAGCUCGUCAGCUCCCUAGAAGGCUGUCAGCUGAUUAAGUUUGACAGUGUCGAGGUGUGUGUCUGCUGCGAGACGCAGCACCAGUCGGCCGGCUGCAGCAACCUGGGGGAGACGCUGAAGCUGAACCCGCUGCGGGAGGACUGCAACGCCGUGAGGCUGACCCUCAAGGACCUCCUCUUCAGCGUGUGCGCCCUCAACGUCCUCUCCACCAUCGUAUGUGCGUUGGCCACGGCCAUGUGCUGCAUGCAGAUGGUCUCCUCCGACGUCCUGCAGAUGUUCCUGCCGCAGAGGGCGCUCUCCACCAGCCCGGCCUGCGCCACCCCGCACGGCACUGUCCUCCACCAGACCCUGGACUUCGACGAGUUCAUCCCGCCUCUGCCCCCACCGCCCUACUACCCUCCCGAGUACAGCUGCACGCCCACAGCGGAGGCCCACAGGGGCCUGCACCUGGACUUCGCUCCCUCUCCGUUCAGCGCCUUGUACGACGUGGCCAUCAACAGCCCCGGCCUGCUCUACCCCGCCGAGCUCCCGCCGCCCUACGAGGCCGUGGUGGGCCCGGCCCCCGCCAGCCAGCCCCCGAGUGCAAGUCAGCAGGGCGCUGAGACCAGCCCCCGGGACCCAGGCUCCACUGGCGGCUGCAGCGCCCGAGCACCUGCCAACAGCACAAGCCUCCCAGCAUCUGAGGGCGUCACCGCACCAGGCCCAAGCCACCUGACCCCUGAUGGCCCUGCGGGUGCCCCGCCACCAGCCCCCCGCCCCAGCCUCACAUCCCCCGAAGGCCCCGACCGGGGCGCACGGGCACGUCCGGGUGCUGGUCGCGUGGCCCGCUCCACCAGCGACCCCACCUCAUGCGCGUCCCGGGCAGCAGACGAUGCCUGCGGCAGCCAGGACCCUGACGCAGGACCGUCUCGGGCUGCUCUGGGGACUGUUUCCCGGUCUCACUCCGUCACGGCUGCCUGUGCCCAUCGGCCCCGGCCCGCGCCGCCCCGGGAGCUGGACGCCUGGAGAAGCCAGCGGUGCGUGGGGCCGGAGGCCUCACGGGUGGUCUGCAAAGAGCGGCCACGCUCGGCAGUGGAUGGCAAAGCCCAUGCAGACACCAGGGGCUCAGUGGCCAAGUUUUUGGAACACGCCAGCUGCGCCCUCGCCCCCGAGGCGCGGCACAUGGCGGUCACCUCCGAGGAGCGCCACCUUCCUUGAGUCUGUUCUGGACCAGGCGUGAAGCGGUCACCAGUCUAGAUGUGACCUCAGACAGGCUGGGAGGCAAAGCGGGCUUGCUGGAAACCAGUGCGUUGUGGGGAGGGGCUGGCGGUCCAGGGGGGCCGUGGGAUGGCUCAGGGGGGCUGCUGUCCCAUCUCUCAGCUGCCUUCUUGGGGGUGACACAGAGCAGGGGGACGCUCUCCUGUCCUUUGUGGACUAUGGUUUUGUCAAGCAGGUGGCACUUUGCACUGACUGGCGCCACAGGAACCUGGUGGCAGGCAACUGUCACGGAAUGAAGACGCUAAGUGCUUUCAAACCCAGGGCCGCAGAACCUGGACUCCCCUCAUUCCUGACCCCGUUUGCCAUGGCAUCAACAGGACAGAGGAGACAUCCAGUGACAAGGCCGUAUCCCCGUGCGCUCUGUACCCCCCCGCGCCCUCACCCUUGCGUCUGCACUGGGUCCGAGCUCCGUCUGCAGGGCUGCAGGCUGCUGUGCCCACCAGUGUACGGAGGUCCGGCUGUGGUGGGGGGCUUUGCGGGGGGCGCCCCCUCUCCGGCGCUCUUCGCACUGUCUCUCUAACUGGCUCUGGUACUACAGACCAGAUGGGCAUCACUGAAUUCGGAACCUUGAGCCCUGGUGACAAGCCCGCUUUCCAGGUUUCCUUGGCGUCUGGUGGACGAGGCCUGGUCUCCCGACCUGUGCAUCUCCUGACAAAGCGCGUCUCUGGGGGCCUGGCCGUGUCUUCGCACGCACACACCCCCUGGGUCGGGUCCGUGGGAGCGGACAGGCCCAGCCUCCUCUGGCUGGCAGCUCGAUUGCUUUGGCAGCACCAGCGACUGCCACCGCACAGCAGUGGCCCUGGAGUGGCUCUGUCCUCGAGAACCUUCUGCAGCUGGGGGCAAGCUUGCCGCUGUGCCACCCACAACAGCCGCCACCAGUACCUGGACCGUCACUGUAGCCAGUGGCCCCUCUGAGGGACAAGGCGGCAGAGCCAUGGCAGGUGGAGGGCUGGCUGACGCCCGCUGUGCCUGGUGCUUGUGUUGUCGGAAGCUGAGGAGGGGACACCGAGCCCCCUGUGGCACCUGGGACAGAGGUUGGGGGAAGGACACCACUGUGACUGGCUGCCACCACCCACAGGCGUGCGAGCCAGAGCUGUGGGUCCUGCCUUCUGACGACAGCCAGCCAGAUGUCCCGGAGGUAAAUUUCAGAGCACUUUAUUCAGACUAUGACAUGGGAAGUCUGUUUUCUGAUUUUUCUCAGUGGAAGGAUUUUCAAGUCCCCCAAAGCCAGUCCCUUGGCCGAAACGUCACUUGGUGACGUUUCCAAGGGGUGUCCCCUGAGAUCUGCCAGCAGCGCCCGACACCCUGGCCCCGGGGGAGGCCCUUUCCAGUGUCUCAUGUCCUCGGGUCCCUGGGCCAGGCCUUCAGAGGGCUGCGUGUGCGGCUGCCAGACCUGGCCCCCCCCACCUCUCAGGGGCGCCCCAGUGAGGGUGUCUCUACCGAGCAACCUGGGUGAGGGACCCCUGGGAGACCAGCCCGGUGCUGUCAUUUGCUGCUUCUCCCUCCCCUGCCAUCCUCCCCUGCCGCCCCCUAAGGGCAAGUGGGUGUCUGGCCCAAAGCCCACGCCCACAGCCCCUCCGCUCAGGUCUGGGUUUGCUCUCACACAGCCGGGCUCCCCGGGCCCAGGGUCCCUUGUGUCCUCAGGCUUGUAGUAAAGGUCCUGGGAAUAGGGGUGCAGUGGAGCCCCUGAGAAUGGGCCGGGACCCCACUCACCAGCUCUGGAACCCUCGGCCCAGCUUUGCUCAGCGACACUGGGAGCCAGAGCCCUGGACCACAUGGGGGGGGCCACCAAGGGACCGCUGGCUCCUGCCCUCUGCCCUGGGGAAGACCACAGUGGGACCCCCACCCGCCCGCAGGGACCUGUCUGCACAGGCCCGGGUGCUCUCGAGGCCCCUCCCGUGACCCAAAGGGGACCGCAGCCUGUGCAAACUCUGCCAUUUGACCCUGGCCUGGGGGUGGUGAGAUACUCAGGUGGGAGGUGCUCUGGGCCCAUCUCUGGCAGACUGGGGACACCCCCUCUACCAGGACCUCAGGCCCCCCCACUGCUGGCCGGAAACCGGGUCCCAGGCUGUGCAUUUCAAACGGACAUUUGCCCCUCCCCCACCGAUCAAUUCACAGAUGCUGCUGUCCAGGCGGCACUUCUCGGACCCUGCUUCCCAGCCCCGGGAGGCCCGUGCGCACACUGGAAGGUUGUAUGUAUUUGAUGUGCCUCAAGGUGUCUUCACAGUGGUCGGUGUUUUAAUAAAAACUCUUUCCGGCC